AUGAGGAAGAGGCUACUCUUCAGGUGGGAGUCGGGAGCUCCCAGCCUUGAGGGCCCAGAGCCAGGCGUGUGGCCCUGCGUCAGCCGGUCAAGGUGCUGGUCCCCUAUCCCGUCGCUCCGGCUCUGUGCCCCCUCCCCACCCACCUCUGCCCGGGCCUCCUGCAAGGAGCCCUGCUCCCUGCCAGGCCCUCGCACAGCCCUGUCCCUCUUCCCUCCUUUCCUGACCUCACGUCACGGCCUCUUCCCCACCGCCUCGUCUCCAUUUGGUUUCCCUCUUUUACUCUUCUCUGGGGAAACACCUUUGCCUCAGUCCUGCCCAGCCCCACGGCCCAGCCCUCAGCCAGUGCCCUCCCUGCCCAGCAGAUGCCAGGAAAAUCUGUGCCCAGGAAGGGCGGGCUGGCACCUGAAGGCCUGCCUGACCGGCCCUUCUCAGCAGCAGGAACUGCGUAGGGAAGUCACCUUGUGCCAGAGACAGCGGCUCCAGCAGCGCCACCCGCCUCCCGGGCCGAGGGGACCCCAAGACAGAUGGUCUGCCCCACAGGGUCAGGCCCUGGUACCCAGUCCUGCCCAGCCAGAGCCCGGGAGAGGAGUGAACAGAGGUUGGAGGAGUAGGAGCAGAGGCCCGGCGCGUUCUCAGACCAAGCUCUUUGUCUGCCGCUUUGUGAUGGCCAGUUUCCGGCCUCAGGAUGAGUUCAGAGUCGGGCACCUGGGGAUUCCCACUGCUCUGCCCCCGUACCUGUGUGAUAGGGACAACGGUGCCCCCUCUCAAAGCCUGCUGUGCCCGGGUGGGUAUGGGUAUCACUGGACCAGGGUGCAUGCAAUCACAAGAAAUGACACAGCCCUCAAACAUGCCAGCUCCAUGCUGGGCAUGGGGGUGCACUAUGGUGGGUGGGCCAUUCAGAUCCUUCCAGAUUGUAUUUACUUAUUCAUUUUUUAUAUUUAUUUUUAUUUAUUUAUUUGACUGUGCUGGGUUUUAGUUGCAGUAUGUGGGAUCUAUUUCCCUGACCAGGGGUCGA